GCAAUAUGUACAGACACAUCUGUGUCUGUACAUAAAAAUAGUAUUGAUCGCUAUUGAUAUUUAGCAACAGUUGCCAUGGAAAUAAUGGAUAAAUUACAGAAAAUUAUAUCUUGUCAGAUUCUUCUUGGCAUAGUGUAACUUUACAGAAAAUUUCAAAUGGAUAUUUUACCCCAUUCAAAAGUUAUGCCAAUUUUGUUUAAUUGUUUGGGCAAUUAGGUGACACUUUUGGCUUCCACUGUUACCUAUGCUUGCAUACAAGACUUUUUCAAAAUUUUGUGGCCGACUAGCAUUCUUUUAAUUUAAAACUUUUGAUUGGCUUGCUUGAUUUUCAAAAAAUAAAAUGUUUUGGAAAGCUCAUGAAUUUCUCUGAGGUAAGAUCAUUUUGGCUGACAUUUAUGUUACUAUCAAAGUUGACCUGACCUCCCUACUUCUAAACAAUGAAGCUGAACAAGUGGCACCUCGCCAGCCUACUAACUUACGCUUAGCUGGAGGCCUAGCAGUUCGAUUAGAUCUACUAUAAUAAACAAGUAGUUAAGUUGUUUUAGUAAAAAAAAUUGCAUCAGUAUUUUUGUCACGAAGAAUAAAGAAAAUUAGACAUCGCAUAAAACUUGUAAUUUUUCGAACGCCAUUCGUAGACAACAUUGCACAUAGAAACAUUACUGGCUGUGGGAAGACGUAUUUUUUUCUGAAAACGGUUUCGUGGUGGAGCUGCAAAUUUCUGUUACAUUUUGUUCAAUUUUUUAACUAUGUUUGUUUUCGUAUUGAAAUGCCCAGGUCUCAUCACUCUUCUCGUUGGAUAAUUGCUUUGGCGGUAGACGAUAAACAAUGAUAAUAUAGCAGAUGUUUUAUAGUCGCGUAAAUGUACGAGGGACGAUCAGUAACAUUGUAUCAAAAUUGUCUGUGGCGGCUUCUCUGAUCUAGGAAGUAGGAUCAAGUUUGGCUCCAUCCAGUCUGACAUCGUUUUCAGCCAGACUGUCAAUCAAAAGUGAAACAUGAAUUUGCUGCCACCACGCGCUGUCUCAGAGCAGAUGGACCAAUCAAGGCCCAGUCUCAGCACGUGGAGGAAACAACAAGUCGUUGUCAUUUUCACAGAGAGGGUCAUUUAGAGGGCUUCAACAGCAACAGAUAAGAUCCACAAUGGCAUACGACCUGAAUUCAAAUUAUUGCACCGACCCAAGGCUUCUCGAUGUUGACUAUAUCUUGAACCUGCCGCGUUUCCAGGACUUGAAUGGGGGUUUAGAAAAUUUGCAGACUGGAUUUCUGCCUUUCACCCCAAUGACAGCAAUCCCCCCUCAGGACAGCCUUGCAGUCGACGAAGUGCAAGAACUACUGCAAUCAGUCCGUAUUUCCGAGGAGACGGUGAAUGGCAAUACACCCUUGGCCAGACUUCUCAGGAAGAGAAGACACGGCAAGACCAAGACACCCACUCGCGUCUGCGUGUUUUGCAGAAACAAUGGAGAAGAGCCCAUAAUCUACCGGUCUCACGUCCUACGAGACGGCUUUAGAGUUACCUGCCCAAUUCUCAGGGCAUACAAGUGUCCCCUGUGUGGAAAGACAGGGGACACUGCACACACUAUCAAAUACUGCGCCCUGUACAAUGGUGAGGAAGUGAAAGUGAAGAAUUGAUAAGUGAAGAACUGAUACGGACGAGAAAGAUAGUGAACUGUUACUGCUGUCAGCAGCUGUACUAAACUGUUUUUAUUAACUCUUAUUAGAGAACGUUUUUUAUUAUGUCAAAUCUAGCUUUGUUCUAUAGGGUUUGAAAGAGCAACACCUGCCCUUUCUGAUAUAAAAUGCAGGGGUUUACUAUUAAAUUUAAUACUGAAAACGGGCCUUGAUAAUGACUUUUUUGGCCCUGUUAACUUAGCAGGUUUUCAUGUUUCGUGACAUGCUUGCUGUCGGUACCUAGAACUAUUAUAUAAGCAGAUGACUUCUGUGGGAUUAUCUUAAGUAAUCUGUUACUUCCCCCUUGAGAUCUGUUGAUUGUAAAUUCUUUUACAAAGGGAGGAGGGUAUUAUGGUGAAGUCUGUGCAGCUGCACACAUUGUCUGGAAAAGAAGCAAGUGGUUCAAGUUCCAGAAAAAAGUUUCAUUGUACAUUUUAAGUAUUUUACUUGACAGUAAACGUUUUAAUAUUGCUUUGGAAUGACAGUAUAUUUUAAGUAUUGUGAAGAUAUGUUUUUACAGGAGCAUCUUUUUUUUGGUGACCUUAAACAUAUUGGGCCUUUUGGGCUUGAUAAAAUUGAAAUAUUUCUAGUUUGAAGAGUAGAUUCAUUUGCUGUUUUAGAUUUCAGUUUUGGUAUUACAAGCUUAUUUAACAAUUUAAAAUGUAUAAGUACUUUGCUAUAUUUUCCAUUCUUGUGUUGAUGCAAAUUAUUUUGAAUUUUCAUAUCACAUAUACACUUUUGAGUGGUGUCAAGUCUACUUAUUUCAACAAGGUUUCAUAUUGAUUUGUAUUUCUGUCAUUGUUGUGGAAGAAAGGUAAUGUGUGGUCAUUUUCUCCUUGUAAUUGUUUGAACAGCCUUUAUUAACAAGCUAUCAAAUUUGGUAGUUUUAACAGUUAUGGAAUUAAAGUAAGGAAAGAUUGUGAGACAAAUGAUUUGAUUUCAUUUUCAGUAGUAUGGGAAGUCCAGUCAUUGCAGGUAUUUGUGCAAUGAAGCUAGUUGAAUAGAUUUUAUUUUGUGCCAAGUUAAUACUGUUAGUUUUAAUAAUGUACAUAUUUGUACAUAGGUGUAGUGUGCUAUUUGUAUGUUCAUGAUAUUUUGUUUGUUUUGCAUUCAUGUUUUACCCUUUUUUCACACAGAAUAUUCUGUAGUUUUUGUGCUAAACGAUGCAAUUUGAUAAGCUGACAUGUUCCAUGAGUGGUGCACUGGUUGUAUGUAGGAUAAUAAAAAUAAACUUAUUUUAUUACUUAAAUUUGUGUCAGUUCUCACAUCUAUUAAUUCAGUUUCUUAAAUUGAUGUUUUUGGUUUACUGAGAUAAAACUAAGCUGGUCUCUUUUCCUAAAACUACAUUUGAGUGAUAACUCUACAUUACAGUCAAAACACUGUAAACAACUCGUAGAAAUAUAUUCCAUUUUACCUCAAAUAAACUGCAGUUUUAGCAAUUAUUGAGAAAUCUGUGCUU